AUGGAAGCUACCAUGUUCCAUUCUUCAAAGCUUGUGUUCAAUCCUGAACCUCACAAUCUCUUCUAUCACCUCUUCACUUUUUCCUUCACCAUCUCUCCCCACCGGUUUCAAUCUCUACAAUCCCUUCAAUUCCCCACCACAAAACGAAAUAUAUACUGCCAAAAAAACCGCGACAUCGCCUUCGAGGAUGGCAUCUUCGAAAACGACAGAGUUUACAGUCCCACCACUAACAACACCACCAAACUCAAAGCGAGAUCAAGGAAGAAAGUGUCGCCGAUUGUGUGUGAGAAUUUGGUUCCGGACAAGUGGAGAGAAGCUCAGGCACAGACCAAAAUCACCAUUAACGAGAGACGCAAAAAGAAGAGAAGAAAGUUGGUUCCUUUCAAGGGUGAGGAGAAAAUUGGGCAAUAUAGAACUGUGGAGAAGAAGGGAAAAGAAAAUGGAAAAGGGUUGAGUCGAUACGGGGAUGUAAAUUGGAACGAGUACAAGGCUUCUAAGAGGGCAAUAUUGAAUCACCUGAAUCCUCUGGUUCUCAAAAACCCUUCUAGGUUUCGCAUCAAUGAGAAGGUUCCAGAACCUGACUUUAAUGGUGAGCGUGUAGAGCCUAAGAAUCCAAGAGGGGUUGUUCAUGGGAAGGGUAUGCAGGAUGUCUUACAGUUUUUCAAUAGUGGGAGCUACAAUCCUACUGCUAACACCGCUAAUGAAGAUCGUCGGAAGUUGUUUGUUAUUAAUAAGGAGGAGAUGUUCUUGUUGAACAAGCGAAUGCCGGACUUGGCGCCUGCUACAUCAGGUAAAUGGCUUCCUCUGCACACAUUUGCUUCAUGUGGAGAAUUUUACCUUUUAGAUUCUUUGUUGAAGCAUAAUGUCGACAUCAAUGCGGUUGAUAAGGAUGGUUUGACUGUCCUUCACAAGGCAAUUGGCAAAAAGCAGGCCAUAACCAAUUAUCUUCUGAGAAACUCAGCUAAUCCGUUUGUGCAGGAUAAAGAGGGGGCCACUUUGAUGCACUAUGCCGUACAAACAGCUUCUACUGAGACAAUUGAAUUACUCUUAUUCUAUAAUGUGGAUAUAAAUCUUCAGGACAAAGAUGGUUGGACACCAUUACAUCUUGCAGUUCAAACUCAGAGACCCAAUUUAGUGAGGCUUCUGCUGCUUAAAGGUGCCAAUAAGACAUUAAGAAACAAGGAUGGUUUAACUCCGCUUGACCUUUGUCUUUACUCGGGUCAAUUGUUGUCGAAAUCCAAGCCAGGGAGUUUGGUACCUACUUCUGGAAAACCUAAUGAUAGUGUAAAUGAAUCAAAAACAGAUGCCUCAACCAAAGAUAUUAUCCUGAGCUCUGGUUUUGUUCGCCUUGAUGGGGAUGGUAGUGAUUAUCCGGGCCAAAAUAAUGUGUUAUUUCCCAGUUUGUGA